AUGAACGGAGUCAACGGCGACAUCGACGGCGUCCACCUCAAGAAGCCGCAGUCCGAGGUCACCAAGAUGAGCGGUGUCGCAAAUGGCCAUGAGCAGACUGAGAAGGUCGAGGACGCCAGCAAAGCACUCGAAUUGCUCAAGACGUACGGGCCCAAGGAUGGCAUCGACGUCAAGGACCUCAUGAACGAGGAGAAGAUGGGAGGCCUCACAUACAACGACUUCCUCCUUCUUCCUGGCUACAUCGGAUUCCCAGCCAGCGUCGUGGAUCUCACCUCCAAGUUGACCCGCAACAUCACCCUCAAGACGCCUUUCACCUCUUCGCCCAUGGACACAGUCACCGAGCACAACAUGGCCAUCCAUAUGGCAUUGCUGGGCGGUGUCGGUGUGGUCCACCACAACUGCUCUGUCGAAGAGCAGGCCGAGAUGAUUAGGAAGGUGAAGAGAUUCGAGAACGGCUUCAUCACAGAUCCAGUCGUCAUUUCACCCAAGACCACAGUCGCCGAGGCAAUUGCCUUGAAAGAGCAGUGGGGCUUUGGAGGCUUCCCCGUCACUCAAACCGGCAGCCUUCGCAGCAAGCUUCUCGGUAUCGUCACACCCCGCGACACUCAAUUCCACUCCAAUGCCGCCUCACCAGUCACCGAGAUCAUGUCGACCGACCUCGUCACCGCCAACGAAGGCAUCAGCCUGCAGGAGGCAAACAGCAUCCUCAGCAAGAGUAAGAAGGGAAAGCUCCCAAUCGUGGACAAGCAAGGCAACCUGGUCAGCUUGCUCAGCAGGAGUGACUUGAUGAAGAACUUGAACUACCCGCUCGCGACCAAGGUUCCUGGCACAAAACAGCUGCUUUCAGCCGCAGCUAUUGGAACGAGGGAGAAUGAUAAGGAGCGUUUGGCGGCACUCGUCGAAGCUGGCCUGGACGUGGUCAUCUUGGACUCCAGCCAAGGUAACUCCAUGUACCAGAUCGAGAUGAUCCGCUGGAUCAAGAAGAACUUCCCUGGCGUGCAAGUCAUCGGCGGCAACGUCGUCACUCGCGAUCAAGCGGCUGGCCUGAUCCUCGCUGGCGUGGACGGUCUCCGUAUCGGUAUGGGUGCUGGCUCUGCCUGUAUCACCCAGGAAGUCAUGGCUGUCGGCCGCCCUCAGGCCACAGCUGUCUACAAGGUCACCGAGUUCGCAUCCAAGUUCGGCAUUCCAUGCAUUGCCGAUGGAGGCAUCCAGAACGUGGGUCACAUCGUCAAGGCCCUCGCUCUUGGUGCCAGCACGGUCAUGAUGGGUGGUCUCCUGGCCGCCACUACUGAGUCUCCAGGUGCUUACGUUGUUGGUCCAGACGGCCAGCUUCGCAAGACCUACCGCGGUAUGGGCUCUAUCGAUGCAAUGGAGGACAAGAAGGCAGGCGGUGCGGGCGACAAGUCCAACAACACUGCAAAGAACGCCGGUACCGCACGCUACUUCUCAGAGGGCGACAAGCUGCUCGUCGCCCAGGGUGUCUCUGGAUCGGUGCUUGACCGCGGCAGCGUUACCAAGUUCCUCCCCUACCUCAUGGCCGGUGUGCAGCACUCCCUUCAAGACGUUGGCAUUGACAGCCUAGAAAUCCUGCAGGCUGGUGUGCGAAGCGGCGAUGUGCGAUUCGAGUUCAGGACGGCGAGCGCGCAGGCGGAGGGCAACGUUCAUGGCAUGAGCAACGUUGAGAAGAAGUUGUACAGCUAG